AUGCCAGACGACGAGCCGCCGAGACGAUCGAUGGUCGGAGUACCGCCGACGAGAAGAGCUCGCGGAGGCAACACGCCAGCGGCUUCAUCCUCCACUCCUUCGGCUCCUCGCUCCUCAGCUCGCGCCGCAAAACGAGUGAAAAAAGAGGAGCCAGAAGAGGAGGAAUACAAGACGAGUGAUCAGGAGAAGAGCGAAGAAGAAGUGGAAUCUGAGGAUUCUGGAGAUGAGAUGACGACGCCUUCAAGGGGAAAAACUCCCGGAGCCGGGAAAGGAAAGAAGAAAAGAGUUCCACUCACAGAUUAUCAUUUGAAGAAGAAGAAGAUACUGGCGAGAAAAGCGGCGAGAGAGGCUGAAAAAGAGAGAGAAGCAGAGAUGGAAGUGGAGGAAGUGGAGAAGGAACCGACUCCGCCCCCUCCACGGAAGCCGCCGGCGUUCUCGAGUUAUACACCGAUUCAGUUGAUGCAGGAUCAUAUCAUUCGGAAACUUGUCGAGAAGGAUCCCGAUCAGUAUUUCUCGUUUCCGGUUACAGAGGCAAUGGCACCGGGGUAUAGCCAGAUUAUUACGAAGCCGAUGGAUAUGCAGACGAUUCGCGAAAAAAUCGAGGAUGGACUCUACCCAUCACUCCCGCUGAUGAAAGAAGACGCUCAACUAAUUGUGGCAAACGCGCUCCAAUACAACCAACCGACUACCGUAUUCUAUCUAGCCGCGAAACGUCUCUCCAACCUCAUCGCCUAUUAUUUCGGCGAGCAAUAUCUCCGAUUCCUCUUCCAUUCCCUCCCAUCCGCCAACAAGAUCCCAUUCGAACUCGUCGGAAUUCGUCCACUAGCUACCGUAACCCACGAUAAACCCGUAAAUCGGCGCAAGGCGUUUCUCAAAGACGGAAUGACGUCAGAGGAUUGUCUACAGAGCGCGGAUGCCAAGAUUCGAGAUCGCCUUUCCGCGAAAUUGCCGGAUUUGAAAUCAGCGUCGCAGAAAAUGGCGAAACUUGGGUUUUUAUCCGAGAAAAAUGGGACGGUCGUGUUGAAUGUGGUGGCUGGAGGGGAUUCAGGGGAUUCUGAUAAGGGACCUCAUCAUCAGAUGACGUCGUCAGAGAACAGUGCUCCACGACGAGUGACUCUCGGAGACAUUGUCGGACCACUUGAAGAGGGAACGACCGGAAUGAUUCAGAUGGCAGAUCACCGUCUGUUCUCACAGGCGCCCGUCAAUUAUCUGAAUUACGGUCCGUUCUCGUCGUUCGCACCGAUGUACGACUCGACUUGGUCUACUAUGACCAAAACGGAUACUGACAUGUUUUUGAGGGUUUACGGAGAGAAGUCGAAUGCGGCGGCCGCCGUUUCGAUGCGCAGUUUUGUGGAGAAUUGUCCAGAGUUUGCGGAGAUCGUCGAAAAAAAGCUGAACGGAUUGACGGAUGACGAGCACUCGAAGACGAUAAAGAAUCUGAAUCAAGAAAAAGAUGAAAUCGACGAUUUGAUGAUGGAAAACGAAGAGUAUAGGAAUCAAACCGUCCUCUCACUCCUCAACGAUGUCACUAGUAUCUCGAAUUUCGGAAUUGACGUUGGAUUCUUGAAGGAUAUUAGACAGGAGAUUCUCGUUCCAGUACCGGAAUCCGAGCCACCAGUGACGGAGCCUCUACCAGAAUACAUGAUGGAUAUCAAUCAUAUGAAUGUUCAACAACAACUCGAUCACAUUGGUCAAGAGAUCAAAGAUCUCGCCCAUCUCCAACAGGAUCGUCUCUGCCAACCGCCACCUCAAAUGUUGCUUACAGUACCCGAACCGUCGCCCAUUGAACAGAAAUUGGCGGAGAACGUGCAGCAACACUUGGCUCAUCAAAUGGCGACGCACACGAUUCCGGAGGCGUUCGUCACCGAUGCGGCACUUCACGACGCCAUCGGAGUGGAUAUGGAUGACGGAGAUUUGUUCAGCGAGUUCUUUGUGACGCAGUGA